AUGUAUUGGAUAUGUGUCUUCGUACAACCAACGCUUUAUUCGGCAACCCCUUCGCACAAAAUUGCUAAUUAUUAUACGCUGGGCUGGAUAGCGUGGAUCGAUACUCUCUUCAAGAGGAAUAAGAUCAGACAGACGUCCAAGUGCAGACUCAGGAGUUGUGUCUUCUACUCGACCCUUUCUUUCACGAUAUCGCUGGUCAGCAUCCUUUACUAACUCUCCUGUGUAUGCUUCUUUUUUAGCCUUUCUCUCAGAUUCGCUUAGUGAUCGUCGCGGUCGUCUUGCUCUCAUCGAACUAUCUAUAUCAAUAGCUGUUGA